CGCGAGAGGGGGCGGAGCAAGCGUGAACAGCGGGCGCGCGCAGGCUGCUCCACCGAGCCCCUAACCGCCUGCGCGGGUCGGCGUCCGCGGGGCGGCUGUUGAGCACUGGAGCGCUUGGCCCUUGCUGCACUGGAUGCCAUGAGUUGCUAAAAGUGAGCCUGAUUUUUCAGCUGCCUUGGGGUGCUGUCUGGGGGGCCCAGAGCCAUGUCGGACCUACUACUACUGGGCCUGAUUGGGGGCCUGACUCUGCUACUUCUGCUGACGCUGCUGGCCUUUGUCGGGUACUCAGGGCUGCUGGCUGGGGUGGCAGUGAGUGCUGGUUCACCUCCCAUCCGUAACAUCACUGUGGCCUACAAGUUCCACGUGGGACCCUAUGGUGACACUGGGCCGCUUUUCACCGAGAGCUGCAGCAUCUCUCCCAAGCUCCACUCCAUUGCUGUCUACUAUGACAACCCUCACAUGGUGGCCCCUGAGAAGUGUCGCUGUGCAGUGGGCAGCAUCCUGAGUGAAGGAGAGGAGUCACCCUGUCCUGAACUCAUCCACCUCUACCAGAAAUUUGGCUUCAAGAUAUUCUCCUUCCCAGCACCCAGCCAUGUUGUGACAGCCACCUUUCCUUACACCACAACCCUGUCCAUCUGGCUGGCUAUCCAACGAGUUCAUCCUGCCUUGGACACCUACAUCAAGGUGAGGCAUAGGCCUGGUAUGUGUGGGGGGUUAGCCAGGCCCCUGGGGUGGGAACCAGGAGGAAUGCCCAGGAUGGGAGGAAGAAGUGAUUUGGAGAGAGCAGCACUCUGGGGACCUCAUGGAGCAGGUGCCGAGGGAGCUAGAAAGAUUGGCAGAGGCUGUUAGCAUCUCUUUCAGAUGCUUUAGACCAUGUCAGGGCCAGAGCAUCUUCCAAGAGCUUAUUCAGAAA